GCGCUUGCCCGUGUGCACUGCUUCCACUGUUACACAAUGUGACAUAAAGAGUCAUGGCGGGACUCCUGAAGAAGCGCAUAAAGGAGGCAGUACAGGUGAUAGGCUCUGGCGGAAUCCUGUUUGUCUCCUACCUCACUGCCGUCGGAGAUGAGCGUUUCUAUGCCAACCAGCUCAUGCCGGCGCUGCAGAGGAUUGUGGGACCAGAGACGGCGCACGUGCUGGCGGUUCGGAUGAUCAGUCUGGGCCUGGUACCUCGGAGCAGGUACCAGGACCCACCCUCGCUGGAAGUGAAUGUCCUCGGCCGUCGGUUCCGGAACCCAGUGGGGAUAGCAGCCGGGUUCGACAAGCAUGGGGAGGCCGUGGACGGGCUCUUUCGGCUGGGGUUCGGCUUUGUGGAGGUGGGGACGGUCACCCCACAGCCCCAGGAGGGGAACCCCAAACCACGGGUGUUCAGGCUGACUGCUGACCAGGCGGUGAUCAACAGGUAUGGAUUCAACAGCUGUGGACUAGCUGAAGUCCAGGAGAGGCUAAAGAAGAGGGAGGCGACCCAGUUACAGCUAACACAUGCCGGCCAGCCCAUGGGAAUCAACCUGGGCAAGAACAAACUAACCCAGGAUGCAGUGGCUGAUUUUACGGAAGGCGUGCGAACGCUGGGACCCCUGGCCGACUACCUGGUGGUGAACGUGAGCAGCCCCAACACCCCCGGGCUCAGGGACCUGCAGGGGAAGGAGGAACUGCGCCGCCUCCUGGACAGGGUGUUGAAAGAGAGGGACGCCCUGAAGUGUGAACAACGGCCGCCGGUCCUGGUGAAGAUUGCCCCUGACCUCACCGCCCAGGACAAGCAGGACAUUGCUGAUGUCAUCUCUGAGCUCGGAGUGGAUGGGGUCAUCGUCUCCAACACCACGGUCUCCCGGCCGGAUGAGCUGAAGGACUCCCAGCAGGGCGAGGUUGGGGGGCUCAGCGGAAGGCCUCUCCGGGACAUGGCCACCCACACGGUGCGGGAGAUGUACUGUCUGACGAAAGGGAAGGUGCCCAUCGUCGGGGUGGGGGGCGUGGCCAGCGGGCAGGAUGCCUUGGAUAAGAUUCGUGCCGGAGCCUCAUUGGUCCAGCUCUACACUUCAUUGACGUAUCAGGGCCCGCCCGUCGUCACCAAGGUCAAAAGGGAACUGGAGCAGCUUUUGAAGGAGCAAGGAUUCACAAGCGUCUGUGAAGCUGUGGGUGCUGACCACAGGGCAGCGGAUGAGAAACCUCAACUACAGGGUCCAGCGAAGGACAGUAUUCAUGUGGAGCCCACACUAGCUGCAGAAACAGCAGCUCCUGGGAUACAGACACAUCUCAGCUAGAAAAUGACAUUUUAUUUCAACAUCUUGCCUAAACUUGAAUUACUGCACAAGAUGACGGGGGAUUGGUGGCAAUACAGACAGUGCUGCAUGUGUGCACAAAUGAGAACCAGAUUUUGAAUGUGCGUCUUGAUGUGUGUAAUAAAAUGGUGGUAUUAGAAAAGAAUCUGAGGCCACAAGAACUUGAAAAAGUCAGAGAAAAACCAUCCCAUUCAAUAUAUGUGUGCUGUAAAUUGUAAAAUGAAAAAAAAUACUGG